AUGUUCCAAUGCGCCGCGUCGUCCCGCGCCGGCUCCGCGCUCGCCGCCGUGCGUCUGCUGGUGCUGCCGCCCGACGACGAGAUGCACAACAUAACAGUAGAGGUACCGAGCACUCCCAACGACGCACUCCCGACCCUCACAGCAUCCACACAAGUACCCGAGGACGAGGACUUCUUGGGAGAAACCUCAUCAGCAUACACAGCGCCGCCACUGGAGUACUCGGAACUGGAUGAGUACGACGAUAGUGACGUCACUGACGAUGACGAUUCGUUUCAUGCUGCGCAAGGCCUGGACCUGGAGCAGCUGCGAGCUGGCAACAGCUCGGGCGCGGCGCCGCGCGAGCUGCGCGCCGUCAUAGUGAAGCAUCGCUUCGUGACGCUGAGCUGGCAACCGCCGCAGCCGGACGACGACGUCACCGGGUACGCCGUGCUCUACAAGGUCAAGGGCAGCGACAGAGAGCGCGUGUGGCGCGGCGGCGCGGGGCGGCACGAGAUGAACGUGGCGGCCCUGCAGCCCAACACCACGUACUCCUUCGCCGUGCUGGCCUACACCGCGCGGGGCACCUCGCCGCUCUCCGACACGAUAGAAGUAGUAACAGCAGAGGAGGAAGUAUCUCACGGGCCCCCGGUGGACUUACGAGCGGAGGCGACAGGGCCGCACUCCCUGCGUGUGUCGUGGGGCCCGCCCAUAGGAGCCCCGCCACCUACCAAGUACUCUGUGCAUUAUACAGAAGAGGAGAGUGGUCGCGAGCAGUUGGAGUGGGUGGAGGCGGGCGCGGGGCGCGGCGCGGCGCAGGCUGUGACGCUGGGCGCGCUGCGCGCCGCCGCCGCCUACACCGUGCGCGUCGCGGCGGCCGGCGGCGCGCCCGCCUCCGUGCGCGCGCGGACCCCGGGGGACGCGCCCGCCGCCGCCCCUGCCAACGUCUCCGCCAUACCUACUGGUGCUACGUCAAUCCUCGUUCGUUGGGAAGCGCCCCCGUCCCGCACCCACCGCGGGGCUCUGACAGGUUACAAAGUACGUUACCGUGCUCUAUCGCCGGCCCCGUCGCCGGGCCCCGCCACCCCGGGCGCGGGGCCCGCCACCAGGAAGAAGGCAGACUCACUGACCACGCCUGCAGACCAGAGGAGAGCUGAACUGAGGGGGUUGGAUACUGCUACCACUUAUCAGAUCCGCGUGUGCGCCAUCAACGCGAACGGCUCGGGUCCGUUCAGCGAGUGGGUGUCGGCCGCCACGCAGCGCCACGAGCUCGACGAGACCACCGUGCCGCCCGCGCCGCCGCCGCUCACCACGCGCGCGGGGCGCGACUGGAUCAGCGUGUGGUGGGGCGCGGCGCAGGGCGGCGUGCUGCUGCGCGGGCUGGUGCUGGGCUGGGGGCUCGGCGUGCCCGACGACGCCGCGCGCGAACUGCCGCCGCAUCUGCACUCCCACGUCAUCCGCGGACUCGAAUCGAACGCAGAGUACGUGAUCUCCCUCCGCGCGAGCAACUCCCGCGGCCUGGGCCCCGCGGUGUACGCCACGGUGAGGACCAAACCUCCCGCCGACGACGAGGACGAACCGGAGGACGAGGACGAAGAGGAUGAGGACGAGGAGGACGAACCACCCCCGCUUAUACCCCCUGUGGGGGUUAAGGUGAUAAUGCUGAGCGGCAGCACGGCGGUGGUGUACUGGACGGACCCGACGCUGGCCAAGGGCCAGACGGCGACGGACGGCCGCCGCUACGUCGUGCGCUGGGCCAGCGCCGGCGGCCGGGCGCGGACCUUCAACGCCACCGACCUCAACUGCAUGCUCGACGACCUCAAACCGUACACCACCUACGAGUUCGCCGUCAAACUUAUCAAGGGAGGUCGCGAGUCAGCAUGGUCGAUGUUAGUGUCCAACACCACUCUAGAGACGUCCCCCGGCUCCCCCCCGCGCGAGCUGCGCGUGUCCCCCGCCGCUCCCCCCGCGUCCCCCGCCCGCGCAGUAGACCUCGCCUGGCAGCCGCCCGCUAAACCCAACGGGGUCAUUACUGGUUACGUGAUAAUGUACGCAGUAUCGGGCGCGUCCCCGCAGUGGACGGCGGUGGCAGCCCCCGGGGACCGGCCCCGCGCCAGGGUGGAGAGACUGCGCCCCCGCACCAACUAUCUAUUCAAGCUACAGGCACGGAACUCCAAGGGGCUCGGCCCCUUCUGUGCGCCUGUAGCGUACACCACGGGGGCCGAGGCGGGGUCCGGCGGGGGCCUGGCCAGCGCCACGUCGGCCUGGCUGUGGGCCAGCGCCGGCGGGGCCGUGGCCGUGCUGGGGCUGGCGGCCGCGCUGGCCCUGUCCCUGUGCUGCCGGAGGACGACGCCCCCCCUGUCCCCCGACACGUCGACGUACCAGAAGUCGUCAGCGUCGGCCGCCAUCAAGCCGCCGGACCUGUGGAUCCACCACGACCAGAUGGAGCUCAAACAUAUGGACAAGUCGCUGCACAGCUCCGCUAGUAAGAUAUCUGCGGGCAGCGUGGAGGGCGGCGCGCUGAUGUCGUCGACGCUGACGCUGGGCCGCGCGCCGGCCGCCGAGUACGAGCCGGCGCGCCACCCGCCGCCCGCCUCGCUCGACCGCCGCCACCACGUGCCCACCUACGUCGCGAUGACGGGUAUGGGCGUGGGCGUGGGCGUGGGCGGCGUGGGCGGCGUGGGCGGCGUGGGCUGUGCGUCGACGUGCGAGCGCCGCCCGCACGCGCGCAUGCCGCAUCCAGACCAGAGCACGCCCCUGCUGGCGGGCGUGGCCCCGCUGGGGUCCCCGCAGUCGUCGCUGGGCUCGCUGGCGCACGGCCCGCACCCGCCGCACGGACAUCCGCAACAUCCGCCGCCCGCGCCCUGUGGGUCUGGUACAUGUCCACUGGGCGCUGCUUGCGCGGGUCCAGCGUUGGGCGUGGGCGUGGGAGUGGGAGUGGGCGACAUAUACGCGUCCGCGGCGCGCGAGCGUGGACACUACGUCGCGUACGAACCGCUCGGACAUUAUACACACCGCGACUCGCUAAGCAGCGAGACAGGCCCGGGCAGCGGGGGCCCAGGCAGCGGCCCGGGGCUGGGCCCCGGCGGCGGGUCCCUGCAGCGGCGCGGGGCGGGCGGGGGCGCGCUGCACAGCUUCACGCUGAGCGACAACGCGAGCGACACCUCGACACCGCCACACUCCCGCGCCAGCGCCCGCGACACGUCGCCCUACAAGAAGAGCGCCAGCUCCUCGCCCGGACACAUACCCAACAGACUGCAGCUCGGUGAGACUAUGUUACUAGGUCCCGCGACACGUCGCCCUACAAGAAGAGCGCCAGCUCCUCGCCCGGACACAUACCCAACAGACUGCAGCUCGGUGAGACUAUGUUACUAG